AUUGCCAACCAAGAGUUUCUCCGAGCUUUUUCAGCCAUCUUGAAAAAAGGGAUGGCGGAAAAAGCUUAUAAGAAAUCUUGGUUGACAAUUCCAAGAUAAACUUUAUACUAAACUCUCUUAAACGAUAUUUAGAAAUCAGCCCUCUCGGUUCAUCUGCAUUUAAUCGCCUUAUUUUGGACGUAACAAUUGGGCUAUACCAAAAUGGGCUUCGUUAGUAUUUUUCUGUUCACCGUCAUGGCGUUCGUCAACCUUCCAGGUAUAAACUCUAAGAAAGAGCCGUGCCCCUCGACAAUGUGCAGAUAUGAUGGUGAUUGCAAUAAUUAUAGAGUGGGGUAUGAAUGUUCGUCAAAAAGAUUCGCCUGCUGCCUCGAUCCGACUCCAGAAUCACGUCAGGUGGCCGCCUGCACAGACCAAGGCGGCACCUGCAUGUUUAUGGAUGAAUGCACCGAGACCCACAACGCGCGCACAGCCCUAUUUGAUCUUUGUCCUGAAGAAGGUGACGUAUGCUGCAUGGUGGACGCGUGAUCGAUGCACGACAUAAGAGGAGCGAUGGAUUGAUCAUUGGUUAAAUUAUGUUAUCAAUGGAUCUGCCAAGAACGUGUAGGAAAAUAAUCCGCCUCCAUGCCUUUGAUAUACCGAAAAUCCUUCGAUGGUUUCGUAACACUUCUUAUAUUCCUGCUCUUACAAAGUGCUCUAAUAAAAUUGU